AUGGCAUCUCCAAAUCUACCUACGGCUGCUUCAGUUUACCAUACUACCCUCCUUACGGCACAAGAUUGCCGGGAACAUGUUCACCUCAUCAUCGGCUCCAAUCCGCUGGCGGCAUCCCGAGUCUCCCAGUCACUCAGCGUGGGCGCAAAACCCAUUCUGAUCGCUCCGGUUUCGGCCCCCUCACCAACAGAGUCGGCAGCGACCCCAACAACUACAGCAGAGUCAAAGCGGGAGCUACACCACACCCUAGUCAACUACAUCUCUUCCGGCGCCCUAACACACCUGGAUCGGUCUUUCGCCGAUGAGGACCUCUUCACGCUCGGCCGGUCCGAGGUGGACAACGUCGUGGACGCCGUUUUUGUGACACAACACAACCAAUCGCUGGCCGAGCGGGUAUCAGCUCUCUGCAAGCGCAAGCGCAUUCCUGUUAACGUGAUUGAUAACCCGGCGCUGUGCUCUUUCAGCUUGCUGAGUGUACACGUUGAUGGACCGCUGCAGAUUGGCGUGACAACCAAUGGCCGGGGCUGCAAGCUGGCUAGUCGUAUCAGGAGAGAGGUGGCUUCGGCGCUGCCCAAGGGAUUGGGAGCCGCGUGUGCCCGACUUGGAGACGUGAGAAGGAGGAUCAUCACCGAGGACGCAGAGGCUAGGACUGCGGCAGAAAGCGCCAUUGCUGCCGCGGUGAACGAGGGCGUCGACGACUCUAUCGAUCAGUCGGCGACGUUUAACAAACUUGUCACGGAGCUGGACGUGCAAGCCGAGGCCGCGAAGACGCGCCGUAUGCGGUGGUUGGCGCAGGUGUGCGAGUAUUGGCCGCUGAAGAAGCUGGUGGAGAUCACCGACGAUGACGUGGAGAGCAUCCUCCAGGCAUAUCCCGGGUUCAGCGGCGACAACUCCUCGGCAUCACCAGUACAACCCGUUUCCCCGGGCGCCGUCAGCGAGGGCGGCAGCACCACCAGCAAUGGCCGUCUCGGACGCAUCUUCCUCGCCGGCAGCGGUCCGGGCCACCCGGAUCUUCUCACCCGGGCCACCUACAAGGCCAUCCAAUCAGCCGACCUGAUUCUCGCCGACAAGCUGGUUCCCUCCGGUGUUCUGGAUAUGAUCCCGCGUCGGACGCCCGUUUCGAUCGCGCGCAAGUUCCCUGGAAACGCCGAUCGUGCGCAGGAGGAGCUGCUCGAGCAGGCUCUGGAGGGUGUUCGUGCGGGUAAGACGGUGUUACGGCUUAAGCAGGGCGAUCCGUUCAUCUACGGACGCGGCGGCGAGGAGGUGGCCUUCUUCCGGGAGCACGGGCUCGGCGAUCGUGUCGUGGUGUUGCCGGGCAUCACGAGCAGCUUGAGCGCGCCACUGUUUGCGGGUAUUCCUGCCACCCAGCGCGAUGUUUCGGACCAGGUGCUCAUCUGCACUGGAACGGGCAAGAAGGGCAAGCCGCCUGUGCCGCCCGAGUAUGUCGGCAGUCGUACGGUCGUGUUCUUGAUGGCGCUGCACCGUAUCGGAGGAUUGGUCAGGGAGUUGACGACGCGUCUCGAGGAGGUCGACGGGGUCGCGGAAGUUUCGGAAGGCGAGAAGCAACGGGCUCUGUGGCCGCUUGACACACCGUGUGCUGUUAUCGAGAGAGCCACUUGCCCUGACCAGCGAGUGAUCCGGACAACGCUCCGGUACGUUGAGCAGGCCAUCGAGCAGGAAGGAAGCCGCCCACCUGGGCUUUUGGUUGUCGGUCGCGCCUGCGAGGUUCUGUACACGCCGAAGAAGGAAGGCCAACUCUGGGUCGUGGAGGAUGGCCAGUUUAAGGACUUGGAUUUCGAGGAUUCUUUGGGUCUUUCGCUCAACGCCACUUCGGGCGUUGCGCGCACUGGAUCAGCAUGA